UUUUCAACUUCUUCUGGUUCUUCGUCUUCCUCUAGUUCUUCAUCUUCUUCUAGUUUUUCCUCUUCUCCUAGUUCUUCAUCUUUUUCUAGUUCUUCAUCUUCUUCUAAUUAUUCCUCUUCUUCUUCCUCUUAUUCUAGUUCGUCAUCUUCUAGUUCCUCCUCUCCUUCUAGUUCUUCAUCUUCUAAUACUUCAUUUCCUGCUAGUUCUUCCUUUUCCUCUAGCUCUUCCUCCUCUUCUAGUUCUUCCUUUUCCUCUAGCUCUUCCUCCUCUUCUAGUUCUUCAUCUUCUUCUAGUUUUUCAUCUUCUAGUUCUUCCUCUUCUUCUAGUUCCCCCUCUUCUUCUAGUUCUUCACCUUUUUCUAGUUCUUUAUCUUCUUCUAGUUCUUCCUUCUCUUCUAGUUCUUCCUCUACUUCUAGUUUUCCUCCUCUUCUGGUUCUUCUUCCUCUUCUAGUUCUUCCUCCUCUUCUAGUGCCCCCUCUUCUCCUAGUUCUCCCUCUUCUUUUAGUUCUUCCCCUUCUUCUACUUCUUCCUCUUUCUCUUCUAUCAUCUUCUAGUUUUUCAUCUUCCUCUUUUUCUUCAUCUUCUUCUAGUUAUUCCUCUUCUUCUUCCUCUUCUUUCCUCUUUUUAUCUAUGAAUUCCUCCUGUUCUUCUAGUUUUUUAUCUUCUAAUUCUUCAUUUCUUGUUCGUUCUUCCUCUACCUCUAGCUCUUCCCCUCUUCUAGUUCCUCUUCUUCUUCUAGUUCCUUUUUUUCUUCUUGUUUUUCAUCUUCUAGUUCUUCCUCUUCUUCUAGUUUCUCCUCUUCUUCAUCUUCUAGUUCUUCAUCUUCUUCAAAAUCUUCAUCUUCUUCAAAAUCUUCAUCUUCUUGUAGUUCUUUCUCUUCUUCUAGUUCUUCCUCUUCUUCAAGUUCCUCCCCUUCCUUAGUACUUCAUCUUCCUCAGGUUUUUCUCUUCUCCUGUUUCAUCCUCUUUCUCUAGUUUUUCAUCUUUGUCUAGUCUUUCUUCUUCUUCUAAUUCUUCAUCUUCCUCUUCUUCUAGUUCCUCUACUGUUUCCUCUUCUUCUAGUUUUUCCUCUUCUAGUUUUUCCUCUUCUAGUUCUUCAUCUUCUUCUAGUUCUUCCUCUUCUUCUAGUGCUUACUCUUGUUCUAGUUCUUUCUCCUCUUCUAGUUCUUCCUCUUCCUCUAGUUCUACAUCUUCUUCUAGUUCUUCAUCUUCUUCAAGUUCUUCAUCUUCUUCUACUUCUUCCUCCUCUUCUAGUUCUUCCUCCUCUUCUAGUUCUUCCUCUUUUCUAGUUCUUCCUCUUCUUCUAGUUCUUCCUCCUCUUCUAGUUCUUUCUCUUCUUCUAGUUCUUCCUCUUCUUCUAGUUCUUCCUCCUCUUCUAGUUCUUCCUCUUUUCUAG